UUCGGCUCUUUUCCAGCGGUCCAGCUAGCCAAUUCCAAAGGAACAGAGCCUUUCUUUCUGAUUUUCUUCUGCAGCUCUUUCUACUUCGACAUUAGAGAGAGAGAGAGAGAGAGAAAGAAACGGAAUUGAAGAAGGGAAGAUAAUGGUGUCGUACGUGAGUUUGUUGUUGUAUGGACUGGGAGGGAUAAUGGUGGCAGGGAUGGCACUGUUAGUGGCGCUUCAGGAGAAGCUGGUGUAUGUACCCGUGCUGCCAGGCCUCGCCAAGUCGUAUCCAAUCACCCCUGCUCGUCUCCGCCUGCAGUACGAGGACGUUUGGUUGAGAUCCUCCGAUGGAAUUCGACUUCAUGCCUGGUUCAUCAAGCUUUUCCCUGAUUGCAAAGGUCCAACCGUUCUCUUUUUCCAAGAAAAUGCUGGCAAUAUUGCCCAUCGUCUUGAAAUGGUUCGCAUAAUGUUGCAGAGAUUGCAAUGCAAUGUCUUCAUGCUUUCUUACAGAGGAUAUGGAGCAAGUGAUGGCUACCCUUCCCAACUUGGCAUUACAAGGGAUGCUCAGGCCGCAUUGGAUCAUCUGACCCAACGAACUGACAUUGACACAUCAAGAAUAGUUGUUUUCGGAAGGUCACUUGGAGGAGCCGUUGGAGCAGCGCUUACAAAAAGCAAUCCUGAUAAGGUUGCUGCUCUGAUAUUGGAGAACACUUUUACAUCCAUCCUUGAUAUGGCUGGAGUUUUACUACCCUUCCUCAAGUGGUUUAUGGGAGGCAGCGGUUCUAAAGGCCCCAAGGUUCUCAAUUGUCUUGUACGUUCACCGUGGAGUACAAUUGAUAUUAUUGGACAGAUCAAACAGCCAAUCAUAUUUCUUUCUGGAUUGCAAGAUGAGAUGGUUCCCCCAUCUCACAUGCAGAUGCUCUAUGUAAAAGCAGCCACACAUAACAGGCGGUGUACUUUUGUUGAUUUCCCCACUGGUAUGCACAUGGACACAUGGCUUGCUGGGGGCGACCGCUAUUGGAGGUCAAUUCAGUUGUUUUUGGAACAAAAUGUACCUGAGAAUAAGGAAAGGACUGUCCGCAAUGAAAACGAUUCGGAGGCGAGGUGACAGGAGGCAAUUAACUCAAAAUUUGGAACAAAAAGUAGUGGAUUGGGACCAUUUUACUUGUUUUGAAGGUGCAGCAUUUGAAUGCUCUUUCUGAGAAGUUUGUCCGUCUGUCAAUUGAAAAUGCACAACAGGUAAUUGUGUUAAUUCUUUUUUCUUGUUAGAGAGUUCAGAAGAUGCCAAAGCCAUAAGUUUACACUGGAUUACAGCAUUGUUUGUACUGUGAAAUACCUGAACAAAUAUUAAAUCUAUUUGACAUUACACAUUGUACCAAGAUAAUGUUGAAAAUUCAAACCGAUACUGCUGACUGAUGUGCUACU